AUGCCCGCAGAGAUAGAAGAAGAUAGACGUUCGACGCGACUUACGAGGCGGAGCAUGCUCUAUCGCUCUGAGGAGGAGGAGGCCAUGUCCAAGUUCAUCUCAAAUCUCUACAACUACGGUAUACCCUUGAUAGCCGCUUCCGUGCUCGUUUGGAUUGUGGUUGCCAGCUGCGAUGGAAAGGAUAUCUAUUUGCACAUACCGUUUCCGUUCUACAUACUCGUGAUAAUCGUGUUCCUUGUGAUGAUGCUGCUGCAUUGUGUGCCCAUGAUCGCCCAUGUGACGCUCUGCAACUGGAUGUGGGCUCUUGUCGUUUGGCUCUGUACAACUGUGGCUGUCUGUUGCGUCCUCCACUUCUUCAGUAUCCUGACCCUGCUGCUUCUACUCGCUCUCUCUCUUGUGCUCGUCCUAGUGCUUAACUUUUCGGGUGCCAUGUGUCCGGUGGAAUACCUGCCGGGUGGAGUCGUCUCUAGUGGCUUCAUGAUGGCCAUGACCGUAGCUCUCAUAAUCCUGGGUACCGUUCAGCUGUGCACUGGCAGCAUAGAGGUGCUGGAUGCUUUUGUUAGCAUUCUGUUCAUCAUGCUGAUCGUGGCAAUACCAAUUCAGGCGCAGUUCUGCCACGGACGGAUAGAGUACUUUCAAGUGGUUCCACGUAUCCAUCAAAUGGUCAGCAUUCUAACGCUUUACCUCACAUCCGUCAUGUUCUUCUGUUGCCUCAUGUAUUUUACUGUUCGGACGGAGCGGCAUGAAACCGUUUCAACUGAAAUGACGCCAACGAUUGAAGACGAAGAUAGUCGUAGAUGAAACAUAGGAGCUCUCAA